GUAAGAUUGUAGCUAUUUUGUCCAGCCAAACACGGAUUUUUCGUGAUCAAAGUAAAGAGCAGGUUAAAGCAUCCACGCUAAAAUUGCAAGAAGAUUAAGACUGGCAAGGGGUAGGGUACAGUUACAUAAUCAAGCUUUCAGGCAUAUCGAAACCAGUAGGAUAAGGAAUUAUAUUGAUUUUAUUUUGUGCACUGGGAAGGCGGGGAAUACAAAGCGCCGUGCCAUCAGUACAGCAUUUGAAUGCAUCCUUUAUUCACAAACUACUCCCGAAAGAAUCAACUUUGCCUUUACAACGCCUUUUGGAAGAAUACGACAAUCUUAUCACCUAGUACAUGGAUUAUCUGUGUUUCAGAGCACUGUGCUGCAAAGGCCCGCCCCCGCCCAGACCGGAAUAUGAUGUGGUGUGCAUUGGCCUGACUGGCGCUGGGAAAACCAGUCUCCUUUCCCGCCUCUGCAGCGAAGGCACAGACAACAUUGUGCCCACAACAGGUUUUAGCAUUAAAGCUGUACCAUUCCAAAAUGCCAUCCUGAAUGUGAAGGAACUUGGAGGAGCUGACACAAUCAAGAAGUACUGGAGUCGCUAUUACCAGGGAUCCCAGGGUGUGAUCUUCGUCUUGGACAGCGCCUCCUCGGAAGAGGACCUGGAGGUGGCCCGGACAGAGCUGCACUCGGCUCUGCAGCAUCCGCAGCUGUGCACACUCCCCUUCCUAAUACUGGCCAACCACCAGGACAAACCGGCUGCGCGCUCCGUGCAGGAGAUAAAGAAGUAUUUUGAAUUGGAACCACUGGCACGAGGGAAGAGUUGGAUUCUAGAAGCCAGUUCAGUGGACAACAUGGAGGCUGUGAGGGAAAGUUUCAGCCAGCUGAUCAGCCUGCUGGAGGAGAAGGACAUGGAGCCAGGCAGGAUAUGAAUCAACAUAAACUACAGCCCAAACACAAACUGUCAGAACACAGCUGGCAUCUCACUCUGCUCUUUCUGUUGUUGCCAGUGGGUGUAUCAACAUGGUCUUAAUAGCAGAGCAAGUGACUUUAUUGGCCAUAAAUGGUAGUCAGUGACCAUAUAGAACCCUCUAGGAACAGCAUAGAUAUCAAGUUCAGUUCCCUUAAUAUGAUCAUGAUCAUUAAAAAAUGCAAGUUGUAAAAAUGACUUAUUACUGACAUAUUGUUUACUGCUCUAUGUGCCAUUUUAUUGGAAUGCCAUGGGUAAUUCAA